AUGCCUGGAAGGAAGCCACAACUCGGAAAUGGGGAACAAUUUGGGAAAAUAUUUUGCUCCACUGAGAUUCAAGCAGCAUUCAUUCUCUCCUCCUUUGUGACCUUCUUCAGUGGACUUGCCAUCUUGUAUAUUUUCAGACUCCUAUGGAAAUUCAUAAAAAAACAUCACAAAAGAAAAGAAAAAGAUAUCUUGAAUCUAAUCUCAUCACGUGCUAGUUUUUUAAGAAGGCUUUACAUUAAUGGAGCAUUUCGAGAUCGAAUAGAAAUGUUGCUCUCAGCACAGACCUUUGUGGGGCAAGUGUUUGUGCUCCUAGUUUUUGUACUAAGCAUCGGAUCUCUUAUAAUCUAUUUCAUCAAUUCUACUGACCCUGUUGGAAGCUGUUCUUCAUAUGACGAUAUAACAAUACCCAUUGAUUUGAUUUUCAAUGCUUUCUUUAGUUUCUAUUUUGGGUUAAGAUUUUUGGCAGCUGGUGACAAGAUCAAGUUCUGGGUGGAACUGAAUUCAAUUGUGGACAUUUUUACCGUCCCACCAGCCUUUAUUUCUUAUUAUUUGAAGAGUAAUUGGCUAGGGUUAAGGUUCCUCAGAGCUCUAAGGCUGCUAGAACUGCCUCAAAUCUUGCAAAUUCUACAAGUCAUUAAGACCAGUAAUUCAGUGAAACUUUCCAAGCUGUUAGCAAUAAUUCUCAGUACCUGGUUCACAGCUGCUGGAUUCAUUCACCUGGUAGAAAAUUCUGGUGACCCCUGGCUCAAAGAUAGAAAUGCACAGAACAUGUCAUAUUUUGACUCCAUUUACCUGGUUGUGGCAACAACAUCCACUGUUGGCUUUGGAGAUGUGGUGGCUAGGACAUCCCUAGGACGGGCCUUCAUCAUGUUCUUCACCCUGGGCAGCUUGGUGCUAUUUGCAAACUAUGUCCCUGAAAUGGUAGAACUUUUUGCUAACAAGAAGAAAUUCACCACGUCUUACCAAGUUGUGAAAGGGAAGAAAUUCAUCGUGGUCUGUGGAAACAUCACUGUUGACAGCGUCACUGCCUUUCUGAGGAAUUUUCUCCGUCACAAGGCCGGGGAAAUCAACACUGAGAUUGUUUUCCUAGGAGAAGUGCUAUCUAUCAAGAACUAUUACCCCAAGACAAGAAUCAUCAUCCAGAUUCUUCAUUCCCAUAACAAGGUUUUCCUGCCCAAGAUUCCCAACUGGAACUGGAGUGCUGGGGACAACAUCAUCUGCUUUGCUGAAUUAAAGCUUGGAUUUAUUGCACAAGGUUGUUCGGUACCCGGCUUAUGUACUUUACUUACAUCUCUAUUUAUUGAGCAAAACAAAAAGGUUACUCCUAAGCUUCCCUGGCAAAAAUAUUUCUUAAGUGGCCUAAAGAACAAAAUUUUGACUCAGCGACUCUCAGAUGACUUUGCUGGAAUGAGUUUUCCUGAGGCUUCCAGACUCUGCUAUGUGAAGAUGAACCUCAUGCUGAUAGCCAUCGAGUACCAAUCCAUGUUCCGCAGCAGUUACAGUGGUCUGAUACUAAAUCCACCUGCACAAGUCAAGCUGCUGAAGAACACAUUAGGGUUCUUUAUUGCUGAAUCUCUGAAAGAAGUCAAAAGAGCCCUCUUUUACUGUUCUACCUGCCACCGUGAUGUGUGCACCCCUGAGAUGAUUACCAAAUGUGGCUGCAAAAGCAAGACCCGACAGCAAGGGUCAGGGCUGGUGGUGUUGAAGAGGAACAUGAAGGACUACUCCACUGUAAGAAUCCAGGAUUCUUUUCCAAGAGGAGAGGAAAGCUUGAACUCUAACACCAGGAUCUUCCAACAUGAUUCAAGGACAGAAAAUGAUGACCAGCUUGACAGCAGCGGCAUGUACCACUGGUGCAAAUCUACCCCUCUGGAAAAGGUGAUUCUGAAACGGUCCUCAAAAUAUGAGUUUCGGAACCACAUUGUAGCAUGUGUAUUUGGAGAUGCACAUUCAACCCUGAUGGGUCUGCGGAACUUCGUGAUACCCUUGAGAGCUAGCAACUUCACCCGACAGGAACUGAAGGACAUUGUGUUCAUUGGGUCUCUGGAUUACCUAGAGAGAGAAUGGCGAUUUAUCCGGAACUUUCCCCAGAUAUUCAUUCUGCCUGGAUCUGCACUCUAUAUUGGAGACCUACACACAGUCAACAUAGAGGACUGCUCCAUGUGUACUAUCUUAGCCCCCUCGCCCAAGCCAUGUAGCAGUCCAACUCUGGUGGACACAGAGGCCAUCAUGGCCACACUCAACAUUGGAUCACUGCGAAUCGCCACCGGCCCCCAGGAAUCUUCAGCCACAGAAGGGAUCACAUCUGAAUAUAAUGAAUGUAGUGAGAGAAAGUUUCGACGAGUUCCCAUCCUCACUGAACUGAAAAAUCCCUCCAACAUCCACUUCAUUGAGCAGCUUGGUGGACUGGAAGGGACCCUCACAGGAACCAGCCUGCAUCUCAGCACAUCUUUUGCCAUAGGUGCUGUCUUUUCUGGAAGUUUCUUGGAUUCCCUCUUGGCCACAGCCUUCUACAACUAUCAUGUCCUGGAAUUACUUCACAUGUUGGUGACAGGAGGGAUAAGCUUCCAGCUGGAACAACAUUUGGACAAUGAAAAGCUUUCUGGGCUACCUGAGAGCUCUACAUUCUUGUCUGGGAGGAUGCGAUGUAAGAUGGGUCUUCUGUCUUUAGACCAAACCAUAUUAUCAGACAUUCAACCAAGAAGAACCUUUGGACAACUGUUUUGUGGUUCUUUAGACAAUUUUGGAAUCCUAUGUAUUGGCUUAUACCGCAUGAUAGAUGAUGAAGAGAACAACCCAGAACACAGAAGGGGAGUAUGCUGGUUUGUGAUUACCCGGCCAUCAAUCCAGUUUAAGCUGCUGCCCACAGACUUAGUGUUUUGUGCCAUUCCUUUCAACACUGAUUGUUGCAAAAAAGAUAAUGAUGUUUCUGCAACACAAGCUCCAUAUGAAAUUAUAAAUAUAGCGCCAUUGACAUCGGAGACACAGCUAGACUUAGAUCGCCCUGCAGCAACUGACCUAAUGGAAGAGAAAUCACUCCACAUGUUCUAUUCACAAGUCUAUCCUUUAGAGUCAAGUACUAGCCACUUUUCUGAAUCUCAUCAAACAGUGCUAGGUAAUAAACAGCUAGGUGAAAAUGUGGAAAGUAAUGGAAAGGAAAACAUCCAGAAGGAAGGUACUGUGUUGACUCCAACCUAA